AUGGAUGUCCUAUUCGGCAGAAAUAAGAAAGAACAGCUGGAGCCUGUGCGGGCCAAAGUGACAGGCAAGAUUCCAACAUGGCUGCAGGGAACGCUGCUUCGCAACGGGCCUGGGAUGCACACAGUGGGAGAGACCAGAUACAACCACUGGUUUGAUGGCCUGGCCUUGCUGCACAGCUUCACCAUCAGAGAUGGGGAAGUCUAUUACAGGAGCAAAUACCUGAGAAGUGAUACCUACAACGCCAAUAUCGAGGCGAACAGGAUCGUGGUGUCAGAGUUUGGGACAAUGGCCUAUCCGGACCCCUGCAAAAACAUAUUUUCCAAAGCUUUCUCCUACCUGUCCCACACCAUCCCCGAUUUCACAGACAACUGCCUGAUUAACAUCAUGAAGUGUGGAGAAGACUUCUAUGCAACCACAGAAACCAAUUACAUCAGGAAAAUCAACCCACAGACUCUGGAAACCCUGGAGAAGGUUGAUUAUCGCAAAUACGUGGCUAUAAAUCUGGCAACAUCACAUCCUCAUUAUGAUGCAGCUGGAAAUGUUCUCAACAUGGGCACUUCCAUCGUAGACAAGGGGAAGACAAAAUAUGUGAUCUUCAAGAUCCCUGCCACGGUACCAGAGGACAGGAAGAAGGGGAAGAGCCCCUUGAAGCACACAGAGGUGUUCUGCUCCAUCCCCUCCCGCUCUCUCCUCUCCCCGAGCUAUUACCACAGCUUCGGAUUCACCGAGAACUACAUCAUUUUUCUGGAGCAGCCUUUCAAGAUGGAUAUCCUCAAGAUGGCGACUGCGUACAUGCGGGGAGUGAGCUGGGCUUCCUGCCUGGCCUUCCACAGGGAGGACAAGACUUACAUUCACAUCAUUGACCAAAGGACCAGGAAGCCCGUGCCAACCAAAUUUUACACAGACCCCUUGGUGGUCUUUCACCACGUCAACGCCUAUGAGGAGGACGGCUGCCUUCUGUUUGACGUCAUCGCCUACGAGGACAGCAGUCUGUAUCAGCUCUUCUACUUGGCCAACCUGAACCAGGACUUUGAGGAGAACUCCAGGCUCACCUCCAGCCCCGCCCUCAAGAGGUUCGCCGUGCCCCUGCACGCGGACGAGAAUGCAGAAGUGGGCUCAAAUUUAAUCAAGCUGGCGUCUACAACAGCAAAAGCCCUGAAGGAAAAAGAUGACCAAGUCUACUGCCAGCCAGAGUUGCUUUAUGAAGGCUUAGAGCUGCCUCGGAUCAAUUACGCUCACAACGGGAAGCGAUACCGGUAUGUCUUUGCUGCUGAAGUUCAGUGGAGUCCCAUCCCAACCAAGAUACUAAAAUAUGACAUUCUCACGAAGUCGUCCUUAAAAUGGGGAGAGGAGCACUGCUGGCCGGCAGAGCCCCUGUUUGUGCCCACGCCAGGCGCCGAGGACGAGGAUGACGGAAUUAUCUUAUCAGCCAUUGUCUCUUCUGAUGCCCAAAAGCCACCUUUUCUGCUUAUUCUGGAUGCCAAAAGCUUUACAGAAUUGGCUCGCGCAUCCAUUGACGUCGAAAUGCACCUGGACCUCCACGGGUUAUUCAUCCCGGAUGCAGACUGGAACGCAAGGCAGCAGGCCCCUUCCUGGAAAGCACAGGACAGGGCUUCCAACUGCCACGGGGCCCCACAGACCUGAGAUUUGGGCCGGGAAGAACAGCUGCAGUGGCAGGCUCCCCAGGACUCAAGGCUUGAUUCC